GUGAAAUGUUUUCUAUUCCCAGCUCGAGUGGAUGAGUAAUCCACAGCUAAGUCUGCUGUUUAUUCCAGUCAUCCUGCUGAUAGCCUUGCUCUCCAUCAUUUGAAGUUUGAGAUCUUUUAAAAAGAAACACCUAUUUCAAAAAGCAAUACCUACAAACUAUUUUCUUUGGCCCCAGCUCAGCCUAUGCAGAUAAAUGACUGAGGGGAGGAUAAGCAGUUUAAGUUAAUUGAGAGGAGAUGUGUGUGCAGCUCUGAGAUUGGCACAUCUGCCUGGGAUUGCCCAUUUCAAAAUGAGAAAUUUGCUUCUCAAGGUGCACUUGUUUUUCUUUAUGAAAGUAAAUGUCAGUAAGAAAGAAUUAUUUGAUUGCAACUGGCUAUUUUUAAGGGCGUAUUUUCUUCCACAGCUCCUUUCUCCUAGCUGAAAACUUACUAGGAUAUUCAGGCUUAUUUGGAGAUGAACCACUCUGAGCCUCAGAGGAUCCUGUGAGGGUAUUUCACACAUAAAAAUGAAGACAUCAGGAUGACAAACCCAGCAGGUUGUGCACAGGGGUGAGGCAGUGGUGGCUGCUCCAGGGGAUUUCUUCCACGUGCCCAACAUGAAAAUAAUGGCAUCACUUCAUAAUGGCUUGGAACUGCUGCUCUAACGAGGGAAAACUGAAUUUCUCUACCCAGAGUGUGAUAAGGGACAGCCCUGUCAUGGCAUGACCAAGAACUUCUGCCUCGAAUCAUCAGAGACCCCUGCAAAAGCCAAACUCCCGCAGGGCACAUUAGAACACAAGGAGGAGAAUGGACUCAAACUCCUCGUUGGAUUGGCCUCACUUGGAUUUGCUGAAUUACAACAGGACAUACAAGUACCUUUACCUGGAAGGAAAUGUCUCCUUCGUAGACUUCUACCUCCACCAGCCUUGGGUGGCUGCUGUCUUCAUCACCUCCUACCUGCUCAUCUUCCUCCUGUGCAUGGUGGGCAAUGGGGGGGUUUGUUCCAUCGUGCUGUGGAGCAGGCACAUGCGCACGGUCACCAACCUGUUCAUCCUGAACCUGGCCAUCAGUGACUUGCUGGUGGGGCUCUUCUGCAUGCCCACCACCCUCCUGGACAGCAUCAUUGCAGGGUUGCCCUUUGGGAGCCUGGUGUGCAAGAUGAGCAGGAUGGUCCAAGGCAUCUCUGUUUCUGCCUCCGUCUUCACUCUGGUUGCUAUUGCCAUGGACAGGUUCCGGUGCAUCGUGCACCCCUUCAAGCUGAAGCUGACGGUCCCCACCGCUGUGGUCGCCAUCAUGGUGAUCUGGGCGCUGGCCGUGGCCAUCAUGUGUCCCUUGACGGCGCUGCUGUGGCUGCGGCAGGAGAAGCACUUCCAGCUGCUCCUGGGCAUGGGCAACGCCACCCGCCCGGUGUUCUGGUGCCGGGAGGAGUGGCCCGAGCCGGCCAUGAGGAAGGCCUACACCACGGUGCUCUUUGCCAACAUCUACCUGGCUCUGGUGGCGCUCAUCGCGCUCACGUACGCCAGGAUCGGCGUUUCCCUGUGCCACACCGCUGUGCCCGGGCCGGGGAAGCGCGGCCAGGAGCAGUGGCGCGGAGCGUGGAGGAGGAAGCAGAAAGCCAUCCACAUGCUCAUCCUCGUCACCCUGCUCUUCGCCCUGUCCUGGCUUCCCCUGUGGAGCCUGAUGCUGCUGUCGGACUACGGCAGCCUGUCGGACGUGCAGCUGCAGCUGAUCAAUGUGUACAUCUAUCCCCUGGCUCACUGGCUGGCCUUCUCCAACAGCAGCGUCAACCCCAUCACCUACGGCUUCUGCAACCGGAGCUUCCGCCGUGGUUCCCAGGCCACGCUCUGGCUCCAGCUCUGCUCCAGCCUGCCUCAGCCCAGCCAGCCCCAGGCCAGGCUGCCCUGUCCGCCGGCCCGGGAUACCCCUCCCCACACAACCAAGGGAGGAAAUUGGGUCAAUAAGCAGCAGGCUUUGCUCAUGGAGGAGCUUGAAGAGAAUGGGAUGGAGUGAAAGGUGCUGUGCUUCUGGAAAUCUCUCUGUUCCCCAUGGAACAGGGCUGCUCGAACCCUGUUUUUGGUCAUAUUUCAUUCCUGGGAGGAUUCCCUCAUCCUGUAACUCUCAUGGACUGAAAUACUGCAGACCCAGUCUGGCACCCAGCCACCCCUGAAUUAUCUCAUGAUUGUGCUUCUUCCUGGACAUUGUGAAUGCUGGUCCUGCUCAAAUGACAAAAUUUAGCAUUUUCCGUCACAUUCCAUUUAUUCCCCUUGGUUGCUGUUAUUUCUGUCACGUCCAUUAUUAUUGCAGCUAGAGACACAAGUGGAAAUGGAAAUUUGAGAA